AUGCGGCGGUCAGAGUGGGAGGACCGGUGCAAGCGGCACCCGGAGCACCGGAUGUCCAAGGGCGUCUGCCCGUACUGCCUCCGGGACCGCCUCGCGCACCUCUCCGCGUCCUCCUCGGCGACCACCACAACGCGGGCCUCCUCCUCCUCGGCGACGACAUCCCCGUACUCCUCCGGCGGCUCGUCGCCGCCGCCGCACCACGCCGCGCUCUCCGCGGACGUCAGCUCCGUCCACGUCGUCGGCGCCGGCUCCUCCUUCGUCGACGUCUCCGCCUUCUCCCAGCCGCUCAUGCCGACCUCCGCUAAUAAGAAGAAGCCGCCAACGACGACGACGACGACGGCAGGGAGGCAAGACGAGGCGGCGGCGCAACCGGCGAGGGGGAAUAGGGCGGAGGUGAAGAGGAAGAAGAGCGGCAAGAAGGAGAAGAUCGGGAGGUUCCUGUCCAGGCUCGUCGGGGCAGAGAAGCGGCGGCACGGAGCCAGGGACGGCGACGGCGGCGAACUCUUCCACUCCAAAACCAUGAAGGAGAAGACGGCGUCCAAGUGGGUAUUCUUCUGA